GUUAGACAAAAUUAUUGCCAACUCAGGGUACAGACUUAAUUAUUCGUCAUAAAUGUGGCACGUAUUGGCAUUAGAUUAUUUUAUUCUUUCAAUUAGUCGUUGUGUAAUUAUCAGUUUCAAUAAAUACUGAGUUUACCUUACCUCUUUUAUUGUAUGUCUCCCUUUCUAAAGAGACUAAAUAAGCAUAAAUUAAUGUGUAAAAUUCUGGCUAAAACAACAGAUACAACAUAUUAAAGUGUUUGAUUGUUAUUGAGAUUUUCAACGAAUUUAUAAAUUAUAAGUGUUUACAUUCUAAGUAUUAAUUUUCAAAACAUAUUUUAAAUUUAUCUUUCUCUGAAUGUUUUCUGAAUACAAACAUUCAGUAUUGAGGUUACGUUAUUUGAUAGAAGAGUAAUCGUUUGCGAAUAUAUAAUCAAAUUUGAAUAUUUUUCAUUGGAGAUUGAGCAUGUGAAAGAGCAAAAAUGUCAAUGCCUAAAAAUGAUGUGGAAUUACCAAAGAACAUUCCCAAAUUGCUUUUGGAAAAGCAUGCUAGCUAUAUUAUUUCCUAUGGUACAAAUAAAGAUGAUUAUACGUUUUUUAUGACCGAGCACUUAAGAAUGUCCGGAAUGUAUUGGGGACUCACUGCCUUAGAUUUGAUGAAUCAAUUAGAUAAAAUGAAUAAAGAAGAAGUUUUAGAAUUUAUUAAACAGUGCCAGCAUGACUGCGGUGGGAUUAGCCCUAGUGUCGACCAUGAUCCACAUAUUCUUUACACUUUGAGCGCUGUACAAAUACUUUGCAUGUUCGAUGCACUUAAUGCAAUUGAUAUUGAAAAAGUAGUAAAAUAUGUCCAAGAUCGACAGCAACCCGAUGGAAGCUUUACUGGAGAUAUUUGGGGGGAAGUAGAUACUAGAUUCUCAUUUUGUGCUGUUGCCACUUUAUCUUUAUUGGGUCGAUUAGAUGCUAUUGAUGUAGAGAAAGCUGUAGAUUUUAUCAGACAGUGCAUGAACUUUGAUGGAGGAUUUGGAUCGAAACCUGGGUCAGAAAGUCAUGCAGGAUUAAUUUAUUGCUGCCUUGGACUCCUAUCAAUUACAGAUAGCCUACAUUUAGUAGACGCUGAUAGGCUAGGUUGGUGGCUUUGCGAAAGGCAAUUACCAUCAGGUGGUUUAAAUGGAAGACCCGAGAAACUACCAGAUGUCUGUUACUCGUGGUGGGUAUUGUCAUCAUUGACAAUUCUGGGUCGUCUCCACUGGAUCAAUAAAGAUAAACUGGUGGAUUUCGUAUUAUCAUGUCAAGAUACAGAAACUGGAGGAUUCAGUGAUAGACCUGGCGAUGUUGUAGACCCAUUCCACACAUUAUUUGGACUUGCUGCCAUAUCACUUUUGGAUGCAGAUUCAACCAUCAAACCUAUCAAUCCAACUUACUGCAUGCCUGAAUACAUCAUCGAACGAUUAGGUUUAACUCCUGCUAGACUAAACAGAUGAUAUAGUCAAUGAAUGUCAUUAAUCACAAUGAUAAAAAUGAUCAAUAUUACAAACAAUCAAUAUUAUAGUCUGCAACGAGGCAUUAAAUUGUUUUUUCAAUGAAAAAAUAGCAAAAAAGACAUUUAAGAAUUUUAUUAUUAUUAAAUUAAAAGAGUUUUAUCAAUUAAGUAUUCAAUUUAUCGUUUAGUAAAUCAUUAUUUUAUGCAGAAUGUUACAAAUUACGUUAAAAUUAAUAAGAAUCCUUAGCAUCAAGACCAUUUUCACGAUCAUAAUGUAUAAUACCUAAUGCAUAAAGUCAAUGUUUCAAGACCUUUCCCAACACCUACAACGACCAAUGUAUGUUUCAUAAAUAAAUCAACGAUUAAAAAACAAAA